AUGCUUCUAACAUCAAAAACAACAAGACUGGAAAUCUAUGAAGGGGAAGUUGAAGCAAUAGACAGUGAUUAUUCAAUGAAGGUGAAGUUGAUCAAGGUGGAGAAAGAAGAGUUACUCACAGUGGACAAUUCACACUAUGAAAACUUACAAAGAGAGUUUGAACACCUGAAGAAUGCAAAAUUUGUUGAUAAUGAUCAAAAAGCUCAAUUACCUGUACAUAUCGUUUUGGGAAGCGGAGAAUAUGCACGGAUAAAAACUCGCACGAAUCCUCUAGUGGGAACUGAGGGGCAACCAAUUGCAGAAAAAACAAAACUCGGAUGGUUUGCCAUGAGCCCUGGUGUGGAACCAAACAGAAGCAUCAGAAAGUUAGAAUCUUUAGAGCGACGAUUACAGCGAAAGAAAUUAACUGAAGAUUACAACGCAGUAAUCCAACACCAAAAGCACAAUAGCAUAGUUGAACCAGCAACUAACUUAGCAAAAGGUAAUGAUUUCUACAUACCUCACAAAGAAGUCGUACGCAAGACAGCGCAUUCUACUAAACUGAGAGUGGUGUACGAUGCAUCAGGAAAAGCUUCACCAGAAAGUCCUUCUUUAUACGAAUGCCUGUACGCGGGACCUACGCUAAAUAACAAGCUGUGGGAAGUGCUGUUAAGAGCGCGAAGUUUUCCUGUUGUAAUCACCGGGGAUAUUCAAAAGGCAUUUCUCCAAAUUCGUGUUCGCGAAAGUGAACGGGAUUCUUUAGGAUUUCACUGGCGAUCAAAUCCACAGGCUGAGGUUGAUGACAUCAUUUCAGGAGGAUGCAAUGUGGAUGACGCACGAAAAAGGAAAUUGGAAGCUAAUGACAUUCUGGGUGACGCAACCUUUAACCUUCACAAGUGGGCAUCAAAUGCAAAAGAGUUGGAUGAAGGUAGUGUUAACAAAAAUCAUGAAGAGCAAACAGCGGCCAAACAACAAUUUGGGGUGCAGCCAACUGAGACGAAGAUCAUGGGUAAAACGUGGAAUAAAGAGAAAGAUACGUUAAGUGUACAAAUAGGACAUUGUGGGAAAUCGCCAACGAAGCGCAACAUUUUAAGUCGACUGGCGAAAAUUUAUGAUCCAAUGGGAAUUGCAUCCCCUCUGCUUUUGCAAGGCAAACAAAUCUAUCGAGAGGUGUGUGACCUGAAAUUACCCUGGGACGCAGAAUUGAUUGGUAAAUUGAAGCAGAGUUGGGAGAAGUGGGAAGAAACACCUUACCAAGCGAAGGGACCGUGCCAAGAGCGGUUCUGUCGUUUCAAGAAUCCGUCUGUAGCUUAG